AACAUGAAAAAUAGAACCCCUGGUCACCAAAUUCUGGCUACGCCAGUGCAACCACAAUGCAAGAGAGGUGCCAUGUUUAAUACCUAAAGACAAAAGUACAGACGAGUUAAACAAAUGGAGCAGCAAAAGGCGAAAGAAUACAAGAGGACGCUGAUAUAAAGCAAAAGGUAGUGGACAGUGCAAUAGUGUCCUCCCGGGAGUAUCCUACUCAGUCAAAAUCUGGUUGACUGGUCAAUUCGGGGUUGCAAUCGUUUUAGCUUUAGCACUGUUUCAGAACUGAUCGAUCGAUUUUGGAGACUCGGAGGUGUUACUGGGCCAAUGAACGAGAGUUUACGAAAACAUUUCGGUGGAGAUACAUAAGAAUAGUGACUAGAGGAGUCAGUUGAAUAUCUCGACAUGGCUGGUGAGGUGUCGGCGACGUUGGAGUGGGGGGACUGGCUUCUUGUUGGCAUCUACUUCGUCAUAACACUAGGGGUAGGCCUUUGGGCAUCCAUCAAAGGAGAUCAGGGGAACGCUAGGGGAUACUUUCUAGCUGGACGAUCCAUGACAUGGAUACCAAUCGGUGCAUCAACAUUUGCGACAAACAUAGGAGCCCCUAUGUUCGUAGGACUGGCAGGGUCAGCAGCGGCCUCUGGGUUUGCUGUCACAUUCUUUGAAUGGCAUGCUGCGUUUAUGCUAAUACUUCUGGGAUGGCUGUUCUUACCAGUAUAUCUCGCAUCAGGGAUUUACACAUUACCAGAGUUUCUAAGGAAGCGAUUUGGAGGGAAGCGGUUGAGGAUAUUCUUGGCAAUAAUACAGAUCCUGCUGACAAUCGUUGCUUCAAUCUCAGGACAAAUCUACGCUGGUACUCUGUUUAUUCAGCAGAUCUUCAAGAUAGACAUGUACCUGGCUGUUGUUAUCAUUUUGGCCAUCACUGCUUUCUAUACAGUCGCAGGAGGACUUACUGCUGUUAUAUGGACUGACACCCUACAGACCGUGAUACUCCUCAUAGGCUCUGCUGUACUUUUCGUAAUAAGUAUUGUAAAGGUUGGUGGAUACGAAGCAUUAAUGUUCAAGUAUAAAACCGCAGCUGCUAACUACACCAUCAACGACUACGCAUUGUAUGGCAACAGAACAUGUGGUCUCCCACGGGAGGACUCAUUUCACAUGUUCAGAGCGCCAGAGUCAGAUUUCCCGUGGCCUGGUAUGAUAUUUGGACUGACGAUCUUGGCACUCAGGGCUUGGUGUGUCGAUCAGACAUGUGUCCAAAGGUCUUUGUCAGCCAAGACGCUGACCCAUGCCAAAGCAGGCAUGAUCUUGGCCGCAUACCUCAAGCUCCUUCCAUUCUUUAUGUUCAUCAUACCUGGCAUGAUAAGCAGAGUUCUCUACCCAGAUGAAAUAGCGUGUGCCGACCCUGAUCAUUGUAGAGAGGUGUGUGGGAACCCAUCAGGCUGCACCAACGUGGCAUACCCUUUCCUAGUGACUCGUAUCUUACCCACAGGUGUGAGAGGUCUAAUGUUAGCUGCUCUUAUAGCUGCGUUAAUGAGCUCUCUGACGUCAUUGUUCAGCAGCUCAAGUACAAUGUUUACCAUGGACUUAUGGAGAAGGUUUAGAAAGAGGCCAAAAGAAGCAGAACUAAUGCUUGUGGGUAGGCUAUUCACCUUGUUCCAAGCAGGACUGAGUGUGGCAUGGUUGCCCAUUCUCCAAGCUGUACAAGGCUCACAAUUCUGGAAUUAUGCCCAACGGAUCUACUCAUAUGUCUCCCCACCUUGGGUGAUGGUGUUCUUAAUAGGAAUGUUUUGGACUGGAGCCACUGAACAAGGAGCAUUUUGGGGGUUGGUGUUUGGACUUCUGGUUGGAUUUAUCCGGCUUGCAUUGGAUUUCUCUCAUGCGUCACCACCAUGUGGCAGUAAUGCUGUAGAUACGAGACCAGACAUCAUUUCUAAGGUGCACUAUCUACACUUUGCUAUGAUUGCCAGUGCUGUCUCUGCAAUUGUUAUUGUUGGAAUAAGCCUCCUCACUAAACCACGCCCUCCGGAAAAGCUACGUAAAGUGACAUUCUGGACUCGUAAUGACCCACUGGAGCCAGAACUAACAGAUGAUUCAGCCGAUGAGGAAGAUGAAACUAUUGAAGUAGAUCCUGAUGCAGAGCCACCAUCUGUCCCUCGUAAAGUCUACAACUGGAUCUGUGGUGUUCAGACCAAUCCUCCACCCGUACUCACGGAAGAGGAAAAACUUCAACUCCGCAUAGAAGCCACAAGCAUUAAAGAAGAUCCUUUCUGGAAAAAUGUGGUUGAUAUCAACUGCAUUAUUUGCCUGACUAUUGUUAUAUUCAUUUGUGGAUUCUAUGCAUAGUUGCGAAUCUGCGUUCUAUGUGAAUUACUACAAGCAGUCUGAUAGUAGAGGAAGUGGAUUGAAUGAUAUUAGUCGAUAUAUUUAAACAGAUAGAUGUCAUUGAAACUGGCCUUUUUAUGGAUUUCAAGAUUCAUCCAUGCUAAUAUGCACCAAUGGUAUAUUAUUUAGAUAUUAUACAUUUUCAUGUAGAUUUGAUGUGCAAUAAUCUGAUUGAUAGAAAAAUAAAGAAAAGCAUAUUUACAAAUGUUGAUAUAUAGAGUAACACUAUAGCAAUUCAAUAGAGUAUUAUGAAUGUCAGUCAUGCUGAAGGCUUUGAACUUAGUAAUUCUCCGGUGGUCCAAAUUUGAAAAAUCCAAUUA